AAACAGAGGAACGGGGGAAUCAUCAUGAAGAUAAAAAAGCGGCCAGGCCACAGCUUCCAAAGUGGAAACUCCUGUUAAAUCAUGGCUCCAUAAUGCAAGAGCAGAGGAUGAGGAUGAUGAGGAUGGUGGAAGGAGCAGAAGAACCAGAAGACCGGUGAUCAGGCAAAGAUCUACUGAUAUUUUUCUUCACUUGUAUUUUGAUCCGGAGAUGCUGUACUAUUUCAGAAGAUCUGUAACAGUGCCCCAUACCUUAUAACUGCCUGGAAAAUUUGGUAAGGAAGCGUUGUCAUAAAUGACGGAAAAUCUUAUCAAGAGAACUCAAAACCUGAUGGUCAUGCAGAAAUGAGUGGAGCACCAGAACUGUGUGAUUCUGAUUCAUCAGAUAACAGCAUUGAUAUCAUAUUGCCCAAUCUGUCUGUUGCAUUAUUUGGAAACUUUUUGUCAGUCCAGUUUGGACAUGAAAACAUUCUUCUAGGAGAAAAACAUAUGGAAAAUGCAGAACUAUUCAGGACUGACCCUUUACAAUGGAAGAUUUCAGAACGUAAUGUCUCUGUGAUCAACAUGACCGGCUUACAUGAGGAUCAUCUCAUUGAUCAACUAGUGAAUGAAAAGGAAAUCACUGCUUUUAUCUUUGUUGUGCGACUGGGCCAGUUAACAGAUGCUGAUAAGAUGGGUCUUGAAUGGCUUCAGAGAGUGUUUGGUGACAAAGUUCUUCAGUUUGUGAUCAUUCUCUUCACCUAUGAGAGAGAAGAAGAGUGUGACUCUAUAAUUGAUGAUCUGAAGAAAAACCCUGUUCUGGAGCAGCUGCUGGAGAAAUGUGGAGGAAGAUAUCACACCUGCAACAAGAUGAUGAACAACCAAUCAGAGAUGAGAGAACUGAUGAACAUGAUUGAACAUUUAUUUAAUGAGAACAAACACCAUUGCUACACUGGAGAAAUUUACAACACAGAAUCAAGACAGAAAGAGGAGCUGCAAAACAGUGAUAGUCAAAGUGAUGAUGAACUCGCAAGAAUGGAGCACACCACAACUACACACACUGGAGAAAAACACAAGGUGUGUGCAUGGUAAUUUUAAAAACAAGCUGCAUUUAUGAAAUAAACUACAUCCUAAUUUUAUCUUUUACCUUUCUUUAGUAUUCAUAAUAAACAUGUUUAAUACUCAAAAUGAAUUAAUCAACAUCUUUAAAUGAAUUAAUACAAUCUUGAUAAAGUUACUAUUUGUUGCUAUAUGAUAUUAAUUUCUUAGGCAUCAUUCUCAUAAAAUGUAAAAGGUCAGACUGGAGUAAUUGUAUUGUUCUUUCAAACAAAUU